AGCGUGGUCGCCAGCAUGGACGCCAGCUGCGACGGCUCGCUGGCAGCGCUGCACUCGGUCAUGAAAUGGAAGACGGUGCUGGCUGUGUUCAUCGUGGUGGUCCUGUACCUGGUGUGCGGGGGUCUGGUGUUCAGGGCGCUGGAGCAGCCGUUUGAGAGCGAUCAGAAGACCAGCAUCACCCUGGAAAAGGCUUCCUUCCUAGCAAGACACCCCUGUGUUACCCCCGACGAGCUGGAGGCUCUCAUCAAGCAUUCUAUCGACGCUGUGAGUGCCGGGGUCAGUCCCAUAGGAGACACCUCCUACAACUCUAGCUAUUGGGACCUUGGCAGCGCCUUCUUCUUCGCCGGAACCGUCAUCACGACCAUCGGUUACGGAAACAUCGCUCCCAGCACAGAGGGUGGCAAGAUCUUCUGCAUCCUUUAUGCCAUUUUCGGCAUCCCUCUUUUUGGAUUCCUGUUGGCUGGGAUUGGAGAUCAACUGGGCACCAUCUUUGUGAAAAGUAUUUUGAGAGUGGAGAAGAUCUUCAGGCAAAAACACAAACAGAUCAGCCAGACGAAGAUCCGGGUGACGUCCACCAUCCUCUUUAUCUUUGCCGGUUGCAUCGUCUUUGUCACUGUGCCAGCUGUCAUCUUUAAACACAUCGAGGGCUGGACCACGCUGGAAGCCAUCUACUUUGUUGUCAUCACUCUCACCACAGUGGGGAUCGGGGACUACGUGGCGGGCGGUAACCGCAGGAUUGACUACAGGAAGUGGUACAAGCCUCUGGUGUGGUUCUGGAUCUUGGUGGGUUUGGCCUACUUUGCGGCAGUCCUCAGCAUGAUCGGAGACUGGCUUCGAGUGCUAUCCAAGAAGACCAAAGAAGAGGUUGGAGAGUUCAAAGCUCAUGCAGCUGAAUGGAAGGCGAAUGUACGAGCUGAGUUCCGGGAGACACGACGGCGUCUGAGCGUCGAGAUCCACGACAAGCUCCAGAGGGCUGCCACCAUCCGCAGCAUGGAGCGCCGCCAACUGGGCCUGGAGCAGCGGGCCCACUCUUUGGACAUGUUGUCGCCCGAGAAAAGGGCCGUUUUCGCCAGCCUAGAUGCUGGCCCCUUCAAGACCUCGUCCCAGGAGAGCAUCGACACCAAGCUGAACAACCUGCGGCUGAAGGGCGCCUGCGAGCCCUAUGAGCACCGUGGCAGUGAGCAGACGCCGCAAACGGCAUCCUCGUCGGAGGAGAACCUCUUCAACAUGCGCUUCGGCUCACUCACUAAGCUGGCCAGGCGCAGCAAAAACCGUGAGAUCCGUAGGAACAUCCCCGGGGACGCUCGACGAGCCAGCGUUAGCGUUAGUAACGGGAACGCCCUGGUUGAUGAAGAGCGGGGUGAGGGAGGGCAAGAAGAUGGUGAGCUGAAUGAGGAAAACCGGGAGAUGAAAGAGAGGAACACCAGUUUGACAAACCUGUCACAGUACUCUAUGGAGCGGUCCAAGUUGAAUGGGUGCAUACCAGAACUGUCUAAACUCCAGAACAAUUAGGUUUUCUCGCAAGAGACUCAUCAGAUGGAGGGGUACAGACUGUCAGUAGGAGUCUACUCAUGCCCCUUGAGGUACAGUCUAAAAGAAUUGUACCCCAUUGAGAUGAUUUCUGGACUCAAAGGAGUCCAGAAAUCAUGAACGGAUGCAUACCAGAACUUUGCGAAACCAGACUGAUGAGCUGUUUGCUGGAGAAACUCAUCAGACAGAGGCAUACAGACUAUCAUUUUGAAUCCAUGUUUCACUCUGAGGUACAAUUUCAAAGAAUAGUACCCCAUUGGGGAAAUUUCUGGACUCCGAGGAGCACUCCUAGCCCAACAGGCGCAUACGGGAACUGUCCAGAACGAGAAUGAUUACCUGUUCCGUAGAGAAGCUUAUCAGACGGAGGGACAUAGACCGGCUGAAUGAGCCCACUCCUGCCCCUUGAGGUGCAUUUAAAAGAAUCAUACCCCACUAGAAUAAUUUCUGAACUCCAACGAGAGUUCCAAGGUCAACGUUUACAUACCCGAACUGUCAAAAACCAGAACUAUUAGCUGCUUGCUGGAGAAACUCAUCAGACAGACUGAUAAAGCCUUUCAUAAGGAGUCCACUCCUGCCCCUCAAAAUAUAGUCUAAAAGAAUUGUACCCAUUUACAGUCACAGGUACAAAAAUUUUUUUGGAGUGUCUCACCCCAGUGACAAGCCUUUGCAACCCCUACUUUUUUGUGGAAGUCAAUUAGGCAUACGUCGAAAAUAAUGUGCCUUUUCCAUUUCCUCAGUUAGCUUGGAGCUGCUCCCGGGAAUCUCUGUCAUCGUGCCAUAAAAUCACGGGAAGCAAAAUCUGUUGCCAAAAAAACUAAACAAAGCAAAACCGAAGAGACAGAGUCUGUAGUCUCAAUACCUCAUCGCUGAUGUUUUUUCCUUUGGCGUUCAUCACGGUGUUAGCUUGCUGGCUACCUAGCUUACUUAUGCUCAAUAAGACUUUCCAAAAAAAGACUUGGACAUGAAAUCUACACCAUCAUUCAUCUUAUCGGGACAUUAUCGAUUCCCGCUCUGUCAUCAUGUAACGCCUUGUGUAUUUUUGGAUUGCUGCUAAAGAAAUUGUGGGCAGUGGGAGAGGGCUAGGAUCAAUGAACACACACUAAGUGACUGUAAACUACAUCAUGCUAAUCAGCCAUAUUGCUUGUGCAUGGAGUUGUGUGUUUUUCCAAAGAAAUGCACUUCUUUCAUAAUUGAGAUGGAAAGAAAUCAGGAUUGAUGGCCACUUACUUUUUGUAACCAUAUUUUUGUACUCACCGACCAUUCAUCCAUCCAUUUUCCAUACCGCUUAUCCUCACUAGGGUCGCGGGCAGGCUGGAGCCUAUUCCAGCUAUCUUCGGGCGAGAGGCGGGGUACACUCUGAACUGGUCGCCAGCCAAUCGCACGGCACACAUAGACAAACAACCAUUCCCACUCACAUUCACACCUACGGGCAAUUUAGAGUCUUCAAUUAAUGCAUGUUUCUGGAAUGUGGGAGAAAACCAGAGUACCCGGGAACAAUCUACACAGGCACGGGGAGAACAUGCAAACUCCACAUAGGUGAGCCCGGAUUUGAACCCGGGUCCUCAGAAUUGCGAGGCAGAUGUGCUAACCAGUCGGCCGCCAUGCCGCCUCUCGUCCACCGUGCCGCCUCCUCACUGAGCAUGUUUUUGCCUAUUUAAAAUGAUUUCUUUUCGACAUCAGCGGAGCACUUGUAUUGUUGUAAAUUGUCCACCUCUUCAUAAACAGUCUAAUUCACCAAUAUGUGUAAUACUGGACCUGGGAUGGGUAUAAUAAUCAAUUAGUCCAUUAACUGAUCCUUAAGAAUUAAACUCCAUUAAUUUGCUGACUUUCCAUCUAAAAUUAAUAUAACAUUACCAUUCAUUAAGUAAUUGAUUCAUCAAGGAAAAAUAUUUACAAGCCCAUCCCAGUACUGGACCAUUUUUAAUGUAUUUACAUGGAACAAAAAGGUACCGUCAUUACCGCAGAACACAUUUAAAUGUAAUUUAAAAUUAAUUAUUGGCAUUCUAAAGAGCACAUUUACAGACAAAUGGAGUCUAAGGUUAUAACCUAUU